UCGGCUACUUCAUCCCAUAUUAGGGUUUCUUCGCCCCCUCCCUUGGAUUGAGUAGCAGCAUCAGCAACAGCAACACCCCAGCCGCAGCAGCCCGCCUGAAGACUCCAAUGGCUUCGGAGAAGAAGUUGUCGAACCCCAUGAGGGAUAUUAAGGUGCAGAAACUCGUCCUCAAUAUCUCAGUCGGUGAGAGUGGAGAUCGGCUCACCAGAGCUGCUAAGGUGCUUGAGCAACUCAGCGGCCAGAGCCCCGUGUUCUCCAAAGCGAGAUACACUGUACGAUCGUUUGGAAUCAGACGUAAUGAGAAGAUUGCUUGCUAUGUCACCGUUAGAGGCGACAAGGCGAUGCAGCUUUUGGAAAGUGGACUGAAGGUUAAGGAGUACGAGUUGCUUCGCAGGAACUUCAGUGACACUGGUUGCUUUGGCUUUGGUAUUCAGGAGCACAUUGAUCUUGGGAUCAAGUACGAUCCAUCCACUGGUAUCUAUGGUAUGGAUUUCUUUGUGGUCUUGGAGCGACCAGGAUACCGUGUUGGACGUCGCAGGAGGUGCAAGUCUCGUGUCGGGAUCCAGCACAGAGUCACAAAGGAGGAUGCCAUGAAGUGGUUCCAGGUGAAAUAUGAGGGUGUGAUUCUUAACAAGUCACAGCAAAUAGUCUAAGAGUUAUAAAAUUUUGUGGUUUUGUAAGCCUGACUGAAGCUCUUUGUUUUGUUUCCUUUGAAUGUUUCUGGGAUUUAAUGGAGAUUUUUAGGAUAAAUUUGGAGAACUCUGUUAGUCAUAUGUUUGAUUAGUUAUAUCCUUUGUGACCUGAGAAUUAAGCUAUCAAUCUACCUGGUUUUUAUUUUGUCACAAAAA